CCGCGGCUCGUGGAGGACGACGACGACCAGCAGGCCGGUCACUCCCCCAAGGCAACUUGGCGGCAGACUGCCUUUACUCCCGCGCCGUGUCCCUCGCGCUCUGUCCUCUCCUCUCCUCGGCCGCCGGCCUCCCCCCGCGCCGCUGUCCCCUCCUCCUCUCGCGAGGUCUCUUCUUCCCUACGACUCGAAGUCCUCGGCUAUUCGCCUUCACCUGCAGAUAAAGCGGGUGGUUGGCUUGGAAGCCUCGCGGUGGUCAGGGUAUCGACUCUAUCAAGGGAGGCGCGCGGCGUGUUCUGCUCUGCGGCCAUGGUUAGGUGCGUGGAGAUGGUGGCGGAGGAGGAGGACGACGACGAGUACGCCAAGUUGGUCCGGAGGAUGAACCCACCGAGAGUUGUGAUAGACAAUGACUCGUGCAACAACGCAACCGUCAUCCGGGUUGAUAGGGUCAAGAAGCAUGGCAUUUUACUGGAGGCAGUCCAAGUCCUUGUCGAUCUCAACCUCGUCAUCACGAAGGCGUAUAUUUCUUCGGAUGGCAACUGGUUCAUGGAUGUGUUCAAUGUGACUGAUCAGGACGGGAGUAAGCUUCAGAAUAGGGAGGUCAUUGAACAUAUUCAGAAACAGUGCCUAGAAUCAGAAGACUACCUUGCGUUGCCGGCAAUCGGGCUAAAGGAUGGAGCUGCGCCGUCAGAGGAUCAGUCCACCUCUAUCGAGCUGACCGGCACUGACCGGCCGGGCCUGCUGUCGGAGGUGUGCGCCGUGCUGGCCUCCCUGAGCUGCAACAUCGUGAAGGCCGAGGUGUGGACGCACGAGAGGCGCGCCGCCGCGGUGAUCCAGAUCACCGACGAGGCCACCGGGCUCGCCAUCCGCGACGCGGGCCGGCUGUCCAAGGUGCAGGAGCUUCUCCGCAACGUGAUGCAGGGCGACGGCACCGCCCGGAGAGGAGGCGGCAGCACGUGCACAGGCGGCGUGUCCGUGGGCGCGGCGCGCGCGGAGAGGCGCCUGCAUAAGCUGAUGCUCGACGACGGUGCCGGUGGUAGUGCCGGCGAGGAGGCUGUCGACGGCGAGGACCGGUGCGGCAAGGCGAGGCCCAAGGUCGCCGUGAUGGACUGCACGGAGAGGCAGUACACGGUGGUGAUCCUGCAGUGCCGGGACCGGCCGAAGCUGCUGUUCGACACGCUGUGCGCGCUCACCGACCUGCAGUACGUCGUGUUCCACGGCACCGUCGACGCCGAGAGAGGGAGCAAGGAGGCCUACCAAGAGUACUACAUACGGCACGUCGACGGGUACCCGGUGCGCUCCGACGCCGAGCGGACCCGCCUCGUCCGGUGCCUCGAGGCCGCCGUCGAGCGGCGAGCUUCCGACGGAUUGGAGCUGGAGGUGAGGACGGAGGACAGGGUGGGCCUGCUGUCGGAGAUCACGCGCGUGUUCCGGGAGAAUAGCCUGUCCAUCAUCCGCGCGGCGAUCGCGACCAGGGACGGCAGGGCGGAGGACACGUUCUACGUGUCGGACGCGUACGGCAACCCCGUCGACGGCCGGACCGUGGACGCGGUGGGCGAGCAGCUCGGGCACGCCGUGCUGCGGGUGAAGCGCGGCGGCGGUGGCCGCGGCCCGCCCGUGGCCGAGGGCGGCGCGGUGUCCGUCCUGGGCAGCCUGCUGAAGGGCUCGUUCCAGGGUCUCAGGCUGAUCAGGUCCUAUUCAUAAUCCAAGGAUUCUGAUUAGUUACACGACCGGGCAGUGCUUUGUGGUUUGUACAUACAAAUCUGACGUAGGUUAGGGAAUAAUGAAGCAGAAGGGCGUGGAUGCUGCAUUGUACAUUUGCACAGGAAGUCACAUGUCAUUACCAGCAUUAUUGUGAAUUAGCAAUACAAUUACAGGUUAGCAGAAAUUUAGCCAUUUCAUGAGGCCAUUUAACGAGGAA